UGUGUGGGGGGUGACAGCAGCCAGCAGCCACAGCGGGGCUAGCAUCACAUCACACUCCACCACCGUGAAACCGCCAACGUCAGCUAAGGUAACGGGUAACAUUUAUGUUCUACACGGCUUCAAGAGACCGCUUUGCUUUGCUAAAAGGAAUAAAACGCCAUUCUCUGAGUUCCGGUCGCCGGUGAGGAUGUGUGUCCCGAGAGGAGAAGGAUGAAGAUGACACCGCUGCUGUUAUGGAGAGUUGUGUCAGUGUGGCUGCUGUGUGUAGCUGUAGUCUGUCGGUACCGUAGUUGCUAUGUCGGUUGCACGGAGUCGCAUCAAGAGGCCCAGGGGCCCGUGUCCUCACAGGACGUCGGUUCGGAGGAAGAGUCAGGGGAAACGAUUCAUCAUCAAAAGGUUGAGGAAAGCACGGUCUUACCUGCCCUUUCUGAAAAUGAGCAGUUGAUAGAGGAUGAACGGCAAAAAUAUGAGCUGGCAACACAAGAGGUGGACAAAAAACAAUAUUUAGAGGAGGCCUUUGAAGUGGAGGAGCCCGCUGUCGAGGAAGAGUUGGAGGCAGACAAAGGGAUUCCACAACCUGAGCCAGAACCUGAGCAAAGCUCAGAAAAUCAACAUCCUGAAACCUCCAUCACUCCAGACCAGGACUCCCUGCUGCCUUCCUCCGACACUGUCUCUGAAUUUGCUGCUGAGCUUGAAGACAACUCCAACAUCCUUAAUCUUGAAGACAACAUCCCAUAUAGUGUUUUAGAUGAUACAGCUGACGUAGCUGCACCUGAGGUCAUUGAUUCUAACCUUCCUCCAGCUGACUUUGAAGAAGAAGAAGAAGAAGAAGAGAACAACCCAUAUGACAAUGAAAGCAAUCCUCCAAUUGUUCUGGAGAACACUUCCAAUGUUCACACUGCAGGUACUAAAACCCUCGCCGACCUGCCUCUGACUUCUCAGACUGAACCCGGCACACAGCAUCUGGAGGCCAACGGUUCACACAUGCUGAAAGAGCAAGACCGGAGCUCCCCUGUUCCCACAGGCCCAGAUACCAGCGUGAACACCAAAGACCCCGAGGACAUCCCCACUUUUGAUGAGUGGACGCGGAAGAUGAUUGAGGUCGAGAAUGAAAAGACUCAGUCUACUCAUACUUCUAACAACGGGGCUCCGCCUACGGUGAAAAAGGUUCAGAAGAAUUUCAAUAACUACGCCUCAGUGGAGUGUGGAGCCAAGAUCCUUGGCGCUAACCCAGAGGCAAAGAGCACUUCAGCCAUAUUGAAGGAGAACAUGGACCUGUACAUGCUAAACCCCUGUAGUAAUAAAAUCUGGUUCAUCAUUGAGCUCUGUGAGCCCAUCCAGGUGAAGCAGCUGGACAUCGCUAACUUUGAGCUAUUCUCUUCUACUCCCAAAGACUUUCUUGUCUCCAUCAGUGAUAGAUAUCCAACAAAUAAGUGGCUAAAGCUGGGAACCUUUCACGCCCGGGAUGAACGCACAGUCCAGAGCUUCCCAUUGGAUGAGCAUCUUUAUGCUAAAUAUGUGAAGAUGUUCACCAAGUACAUAAAGGUAGAGCUGGUCUCUCACUUUGGCUACGAACAUUUCUGUCCCCUCAGUCUCAUAAGGGUGUUUGGGACGAGCAUGGUUGAAGAGUACGAGGAGAUAGCUGAUCCCGCAGAAAGGCCAGAUGAUCAGGACGAUGAGUUGGAUUAUCCUCCUGGAUAUACACCCGCUGAAGUCAAGUUAUCCAAGAAUCUGAUUGGAUCAGCAAAGGAUGUCAUUUUGAACAUGGUAAAUAACAUUGCUGUCAAUGUUCUCGGCGGAGGUGAGGAGAUGCAAGGCAACCUUUCAUCACAGGACGUGAACAUAUCUGAGCCACCACCGAAACUUGAAACCACCUCUAAAACUACCACUACGGACCUCACUUCAGUUCCAGACACUGAAGUGGAAGAGGUUUUACCAGACCCCGAUAUCCCUGCAACUGUAUCCCCGUCCUCAGAGAUCUCUGAGUCAGAGUCACCUACUACUGAUUCAAGCAAUCAAGAGCUCCCCCCAGUGGAGGAAAAUAUUAUCAUUCCUUUAGAGAAAGAUCAGGAAGAACAUAUCAGCUCUACAAUCACCCUUUUGGGAAAGGAGGAGGAGUUGGAUGAAGAAAAAGAGAAAAUGAAUCACCAUGAGCGACAACAAGAAAUCCAAAACUACUGUUCACUGCUUACUUCGUUUUCUUCCUCUUGUUCUUGCGCUGCUUCCCUCCAGGAGUAUCUCCAUCGGCAGUGUUCAGCCCUGCUGUCCAAAAAAAGGAAGUGCCAAACUAUGAAUAGAAAGCAAAUGAUUCCUCCCAUCCAAACACCCGCUUGGCAACUACCGCUGUCCCCCUCUGCUUGCCCUGAACCUCAGCAGCACCACAGCGAGGUACAUCAGCCCCAUGAACAAGAACAAGCUUCUGAACAGGAGCCAGAGAGCGGAGCCAGCUCGUCGGAAACGCCACCGCCUCCAGGGAGCACAGUAGAUACAGAGUCUAUGUCCGAACCUCCUCUGCUGGAGCCCAGUCAGACCUCGAACCUCCCCACACCCAGCGCCACGGACUCAUCUUCUGCCAAACCUACCCCUAUUGUGGACACACCGCAGCUGUCUUCUGAGGAACCAGCGAGGGAGCUAAAGCCAGAAAAGAGCCAGGACGUGCUGGCUGAAGAGAAGCACAUUGAGCCUUCAGCCUCUCUCAGUAGCUCCAGCGUCGGCACAACAGUGGACGAGGCCUCAGUGGCACCAACAGAAGAGAAGUCUGACAUUGAGGUUUCUAAAUCAGAGAUAGACGCCCCCAUCCAAACCCCAGAUAAAAUGGAUGUAUCCCAAGUUCUCCACCCCGCCACCUCCCCUCAUUUAGACCCUGACGCACCAGCUGUACCUGAAAGCGGCACUACUUCCGCUGAAGUGUCCCACCCUGCUCCAGACACCUUUACAGAACUCGAGCCCUCUGGUGAUCCCUCGACCAUCACAGAAACUAAAACGGAGGAUUUCGCGGAUGACAUCUCCACAUCGUUAGGUGGCAAGCCUUCCUCUCCUAUUUCGCCGUCCCUCUCAGACAUCUACGCAGAGCCCCCCAACGACACGGAGCAGAACGGGAACCCGGUGCACGGCUCCGGCCAGAAGGAGUCUGUGUUCAUGAGGCUCAACAACCGCAUCAAGGCCCUGGAGAUAAACAUGUCGCUCAGCGGACGCUACCUGGAGCAGCUGAGCCAGAGGUAUCGGAAGCAGAUGGAGGAGAUGCAGAAGGCUUUCAACAAAACCAUCAUUAAACUCCAGAACACCUCUAGAAUAGCGGAGGAGCAGGACCAACGUCAGACUGAGUCCAUUCAGUUGCUGCAGGGCCAGCUGGAAAAUGUGACUCAGCUGGUUCUCAACCUGUCUGUCAGAGUCAGCCAGCUGCAGAACGAGGUGUCAGACAGGCAGAACUACCUGCUGCUAUCUCUACUGUUGUGUCUGUGUCUCGGCCUGCUGCUGUGCGCCAACCACUGCCGCAUCUCCUCUGUUCCUCCAACCACGGACCCAGAGCCACCCAUGCCUAAGAGCUACGCCUACUGCUGUCCUGAAAGGCAGUUCUCUUCCUGUGAUGAGACGGGCUUGAAGAGGAGUGCAUCCUAUCCACUCAUACACUCACUCGCCAACACUGACGGCCCAGAAAUGCUGCACUCAGAGGAGAGUCUUUGUCCAGCUAACAGAAAGAAGAGACGCCGUAAGAUGAAACCCAUGGAGAAAGUGGAGACUCUGAAAGCCUCUUUUCACGCUGCUCCAGAACUGUGUAACGGAGCUGUUGUGUGUAAUGGCGUACUUAUCACCACAAACCCUACACCCUUUGCAAAAAGGUUACUCCAACCUAUGUUUAGAGACUCGCCGUCAGAGGGGAGCUCGGAGGGAUCUUCGCAUUCAGAUGACCCCUCCUUCUGUGGCAUCACCACAGCUUGCAACCGGAUCUGCGACGGGCUCCCUCUACCCAAGACACGGGCGGAGAAACGGGCUUUAAGACGCAGGCGUCCGAAGCCCAGCUGCACGGUGGUGGACUUGCUUCAGGUCCCACGGAGGGACAGGAGCCAACCACUGCCCAUCUCUACCAUACCGGACAUCAUGAACAAGAAAACGGAGCAAAGCUCUGGGACCUUUGGGGUAAAUGUUGCCCUCUCGGGUCCUGUUUGACAGGAAUCCUUCUCUCACUGACUGCUUAACUCUUUCCAAAAGAGGAUGGAUGUUAAUUUCUGUAGCCACAGGCAGCUUUAAGCUUCGAUAUGUGACAAUCCCUUCACUCUUUUUUUUUUUCUGUUCAUGUUCUCGUCAGAUGUUUAUAUUUGUUAUACUUCAAAUCAAAGAAAUGUCUUCCCAGCUUUCCAUUAAAGCUUUUCUCUUUUGUUUGGAAAUAUUGACUGUGACUACUGACCCUACACACUAACAAAAUGAUUCAAUCAAGUUUUAUUGUCCACAUGCUGCACACUGACCCUGUAAAUGGUAAAUGGACUUGCAUUUAUAUAGCGCUUUUCUAGUCUUCCGAUCACUCAAAGCACUGUAAACAACAUCUAUAUUGUGAAGAAAUUAUUGUUUUUCAAAAAUC